UGCAUUUGAUGCCAUUAUGUAUGGAACUCGAUUUGGCUGUAACAUUUGCAGCCCUGCUGUUUCAGGAUCCCUUGGACGGCGUUGAAAUGGUUCCUAGAUGAAUCAAUUAACUUUCUAAAUUGUAUCGAGAGUACCACCUUUGUUCACAGUGUUUAUUUAGGGCAUCAGUCAAUUUGUACAAUUUGUCAUAAACAGAUCUUCGGAAGAAAUUAAUAUUAUGUAACUUCCAUUAAUUUUAAUUUUGUUAUUUGGUCAUAUAGAGAAUUUUGGAACACACUCACGCAUGCUAAUAUUCAUUUCGGCUGAUACAAUAAUACAUAGAGAUAUCCAAAGUUUCUUCAACUGUUCUGACUACUUCAGGAUGUUUACGAAGAUUCUGUUUAGUUAUCGCCCAAUACUCAAUCGGCCGCAGCUCCGAUAUAUCUUGGGGAAUAAUAUCCUUCGGCAUCACAUCACGACAUCAUUUGCUUUACACCAAUCCGGUAAUGUCAUAAAGACAAAUUCGCCAAGAAAAUCGUAGAACCGUUGUGUGACUUCAGAAAUUAAAGAGGGCGCUUUUAGACGAUGUGAAAGUUUCUUUUUUAGUACGACCGCGAAAUUGUUUUGCGUGCAAGCCGUUUUUUGGACUUAAUUUUUGUUACUUUUGUUUAAACACUGUAAAACUACACAUUUAUUUUUUUUACGGAAAAUCUAAAUGAAAUAAACACAAAGGUUCAAAAGAAAUAGCAAUUUACGUAUGAUGCAAUCCGUUGACCCUCUUCUGAGGUCAACUUCUAGUCGUCAUUCGAAUGAAGGUAAUAUCAGACAUGUUUGUCUGUAAAUGUUGAUGAACACAACUAAAGAUUGAUUAUCUGCAAUCAUCGACUGCACAGUUUCAAAUGGGCAAAUGCUGUACUUAUCAGUUACCAAUAAAUGAAUGUCAUGUAACCAGCUGAGAACGUCUCUCGAUCUGAAGGAAACCACCCUCUGGGAACCGCGGGCCAAAUCAAUCGACGAAGUCUCCCCAUUUUCUUCCCCGGCGCCCGGGGACUCGGCUGCGUUCAGGCGGAAACGACGCUGCUGCUAUCUGGACAAUCCGAUCGAUUUUUGCAACAUCGAUGAGUACAAUCAAUGGCGUCUGGAGGAUAUCGCUCGGGCCGGCAAACUGCUCAAGAAACCACCGCUGGAAGUGUCAUUCGAUAAUGAGUUUGAGAUGCGAAAGGUCUACUCCAUGAUCUACGAUGUCUUCCGCUUCAAGCUGGUUUUACAACAGGCUCUGAAAAACAUCCGCUUCUACGAAAAUUACCCGCAGCUGGAAUAUGAAACGACUCGUGUUUGGCUCAUCCUCUAUGAUAUGUAUCUGAGAAAAUUCGGCAAACGUGAGCCAGAGCAAGUGAUCUUGAAAACAAUGUUAUUUGACGAAGCCGAUCUGUUGGAAAUCGAAAAUUGCUUGGAAAGUAACAGUGUGAAGAUUGCCGCUGCCCUCACCCGCAUUCGUAUCCAGAACAGUGCGUACAGUUUGAUAACAUUACUACCGUUGCAUCUACAGGACGACAAGGUGGCCAUUGUCGUGUCCAAUCCUAUUAUAACCGGAUGGAUCAAUACAUUCCGCAUAAAAACCAAGGGCCAAGCAAACGAACGUCUGAAGGCGAUCGGAUACGAUCUUAUCGAGGAACCCGUUAUAUCGGGUUCGAGUUUAAUGAACCUGUUCAAUCCGAAGGAGAGGUUUUACAUACCGCUCUCGGUGGGACGGUACAAAUGGGACAAGUUGUGUCCGCAGGUCAUUGCAAUUUAUCCCGAAAACCGUACCGAAUUCGUGCGUUCGGAAAUUUUUCAACGACACGAGAUGAUCAUACAGGAUCGAUCGUUCAUGCUUGGGCCGAUGAUAUUCAUCAAUCUGUUGGAGUUUUACCAGCUGAACGGAGAUGUCCUGCAGACGCACAUCUCUUCCCCACGAUCGACCGCGUACUUGGCCUCUCUGCUGGCCAACAGCAAACGCUGUCGUAACUUUAUAGCGUUCGGGUGCGGGAACAAGCUGAAGGAGUACCGCAGGUAUAUGGCCACACUGGGUGUGAACAACGUGAAGCUGUACGCGGAAAACUUCGUGGACAUUGCGCAUGGAGCUGCCAUGAUCGAACGGGUGGUUGCCGUUUUCGCCAACCCUCCGAGUUCGUAUUCUGCUGUGAAUGAUCCAAUCGAUUUGAUAUGUAGUCGAGGUGGCGAUCUAUCGAUGUUGGAGAUUUUGUCCGAAUCGGAAAUGACGGACGAGAGCAGAAAGCGAGUUGCCAAGGUUCUGGAAGAGCAACGCGAAACGCUGAAGCAUUGCAUGUCCCGGCCUCAGGUUCAAUUUAUCCUCUACCAAACACAUUCGAUUGUGGAUACCGAGAACAGUGUCAUGGUGGACAAAGUGAUCGAGUAUAUCAAUAAAAGAGCAUACGACGUUCAUUUUCAAGCAACGAAAGAACGAGAACUGGCCGCUUUAGCAGAAGCAGCUGGCAAUCAAGUGGUGAACAGACUGAUGGGUCGACAAGACACCAGCAAAGCUUCUAAGCCCGAUGAACCUGAGGAUGAGUUUGAAGCGGACGGUGAGUCACGGAAGCAAUCCGUAGAAGAGAUUGAAGUACCACCUAGCGAUCAAUUUGAAACUGCAGAAAUACCGGAUUUUUGCCCCAACCGCGACAAUUGUUUAGACUUCACGGAUAACGGCGUUUUCUUAUCGCUGAUCAAACGAAAGGAAGUCAUUCGUCUGGACUCGAAAUAUCUGAUCAAAAUAGCUGAAGUUCGCGGAAUAUUCGGGGACAACAAUGGAAAGGAAGCUAGAACGAAUGUGAAAAUCACCAGACGUGCGGAGAAAAAAUCCGAAGAUUAUGACACACAGGAAAUUGAAGCCCGAAAACGUCGUCUUAAACGACGUGGCAGCAAUAUGGAUUUAUUAAUCAGUCGUCUCAAUACACCAACGCAAGCGUCGCUGAAAAGAAGUCAUCACCACCGGAUGUCUUCGGUGGAGCAUAAGUUCAUGUUCUUCGAUCCAUACCAGGAGUGGUGUCCAAAGUAUGCAGCCGUACGCAGUGAGAACAACCUCUCGGUGCUGAGCGACGAAAAACUGUCCCUCCACUCAGCAGAUAUAACACCACGUGCUCGAAUCUGGUGGCGAGAUACUAUAGAAUACGUUCGUAGGCAGAUUAGAAUGAUAAAGAAAGAUUGCGAGGAAUGCAUUCUAGCUCCGUUGAAACUGAAACGAUAUUAUGCCCCUCUAGAUGGACCGAAGAGAUUCCGUGCAAGUCACUGUAACAGAUUGCCAUACCCUCUCCCGAUUCGCAUUCUGGAAUUUCGACAGUACAAUUCGGAAAAUAGUUUGUUACAUUGUAGCGAUAAAGACAGCAGCGCAGAAAUAAAAUCAUCCAGGCUUAGUCGCCAGAAUGCAGUUACCGGUGGGAUCAGCCGCCAUGUUCGAGUUCGAUCUUCACAAUCAUGCUGAAAGCUUCUUACCCACCAAUGGAACAGUGGCGAGACAAUCUAUAGUUUUUGACAAAUUUCUUCUCGAUUUUAUUUUGUUCGACACACAAAACUGAAAAAACAACUUUUUUUUGUAAUUCUUAUCCAAACUAAAUAAACUGUCGAGAUGUAUCGAAGGUAUGCGAUAUGAAACAAUAAUUAUCGAGAAAAAUGCCAAACGAAUCAGAGAUUCGAAACAGUAAAAGAAGGCUUUUUUAGUUCGUUUUUAACAUGUUCAGUUACAUAGGUUUAAGGUGAAGGUGAAAGGAAACCACAAAUGGCUGCCACAAUGGCGCUCACUUCUCUCAUCUUCCUCCCUUACCCCUCGCCCGAUAAUCAAUAAUUUUGCGAAACAGUGCGUAGAAAAUGAUCGUUUUCGUACACUUUCUAUCAAGUAAUAUCAACCAAACUAUAAUCGAUUACUCACAAGAUAUUAAAUUUUCAUCUGUCGUCGUAGUGUAUAAUGAAAAACGUCGGAAAACUCGAGCUAGUGCUCUGGAAGUUAAAUUUUCAUUUUUCAAUUUUCCGCAAUGGUUUUAUUUGUAUUGGUGAAAGCAUCGUUAUUUUUUCGACACUGAUGCCAGACAACAUCAUCGAAACAGCUAGAAAUGAAAUAUUAUUCCUGAGUUAUAGCGUUCCAUGUCAUAAAAAUCAAUAAAAUAAAAUUGUGUUGAUAUCAAUACAAUUAUUAUUUUUAGGUUUAAUGGGUCUAUAAUGUAAGUUUUAGCAACUUUCACAUUGGGCCUGAUAACAAACAUCACUACCACGUACGCUUUCACGUCACUUACACGUCACUUAAUCUUUUUGUGUCUAUCAUCAUUGUCACGGACAGUUGCGUGUAAAAAUAAACUCCGUGAAGUGAAAGAGUUCAUUCCCGUCUAUAAGAGACAUGUCAGUUGCAUAAUUUCGUUAAGUUUGUUGCAUAAUCUCGGACGUUUAAACAUUAUGUAGGUAAAAUUAUUAAGUGUAUGAGAUAAUAUUCCAUUUAAUUAAACGUAUGUUUUAGAAUGACAAAUUUGCGAUUAUACCUCGAUAAUUCGGUAUUUCAAUGUCAACUAUUCGGGCUCAUCCCAUGAUUCAUGGGUGCGUUAGUUUGCUUAAUCAAAUGCUAGUUCAAAGAUGAGGAAGAAUACUUGGUUGAUCGUGAAUAAUGUAGUUGUUGAACAUAUGGGAAAGUUAUAUUUUUUUUUCUAUAAAUUACUCUAGAGAUAAAACAUGACUAUUACGUAGAAUAAUGAACUUCUCGCAUAUUCUUUUUCUUAACUCUGUCUUACUUGUUUGAAUAGUGAGAAGCAUUUAGUAAAGGUCAAGGUUAGAAUCAUUUUGUAAGAACCAUUUCUACAAUUUUGUUGAAUAACAAUACCUUCUUUAACUCCUAGAAAACCCGAAUUUAUCCACCUCACGAUCAGUAUAAUUAGAGCUACUCUCAUAUGGAAUUCUGAAUUCCAACCCUGUAUUAUUCCUAUUCUCGUGUAACUUGAUAUACGGGACACGAGGUUUGAUUUAAUUAUUUAAACAGAAACUCAUUAACAGCAUCUGUCAGAAACAUAAUCUUCAUAUAAAACAUCUGAUGGAUUUCAAGUAAUUUUCUAAAAGCAGAAAGUGAUACAGAUUUUUUUUAGACGGAUAUCAAAAUUAUGAAAAAAUAAUUUCAAAACAGCAUCUUGUGAAUGCUUUGCAAUGAUAGAAAAAAAACAUGUCUUCAAAACAAUAUCGUUGAAAAUAUUUAUUACGUAAAAAUGAAAAAAAAUAAUGGCCUUAUUCUUUACAACUAUCGUCCGUUAUAGCUAUCAUACGAAUGAUUGAGUUACAAAAACCUGCUCUACAGUGUUGGAAAAACUUCACGGUUAUUAUUCAAUACUCAAAAUAUCAACAAAUCAAUAUUAUACAUAACCAACCAUUAUAAUCGUCCGAGUUCAAAAAAUCAAAUUUACGUCCUUCGGAUUUGUCAGGAUUUCGUCUAAAAAUGCCACCAAGAGGGUAAAUUACUGUUUGUUUAUCUUUUCUUUCCUAUAAACACAAGACUAGAUUCAAAAUGUUGACAAAAAAGCUAAAUAAAUAUGAAAUUAAACUUACUCCAUUCCGCGUGACUAGCUUUCACCAUCUAGCUUUCACCAUCUAAAACACAAGUGACAAAAAUACCUGUUUUUCUCCGUGACAUGACAGUAAAGUGGUAUUCAUAAUAACACCGAAUUCAUCAAAGUUGUCACGACGGAUGAACUCUUCCGGAUUCUACACACACGGUGGCAGCCGUAAUAAAGUUGUAUACAAUUCACUCCGUUUUCACCGUGAAGUGACGGUCGUGAUCAGGCCCAUUGGUUCAGUUGUUGCCCUUCUAACCUCGAGUAAACCGCGAGUAACCGGUCAAAACCUACUAAACAUAGAUUUAAGUUGAAAUUUUGUAUAUACAAAUCUUGAAUUAGCGGCUCCGCAAAGCUUAUGCGAUGAAUUGAAAAAAAACAUUGGUAAUUGUAUUGCAGAGCUCGGAAAGCACAGACACGACGGCCUUUGCUGUCAAAAAUAGUAAACGGAAAAGUAUUACAUUCAAUCAAAAUGCCUCGGUCAACGAAGAGAAUGGUUGAGGCUCUCCAACGUGAAUAUGUGAAAAAAAUACGACCAACGAAGGAAAAUAUUAAGGAAUAUUAAGGAAUCAACAUCGAGUUACUGUGCGAUAGAACUCAUUUAUUAAAAAUUUACUCAUGUUACGCUCGCAUAUGAUCAGAAUUUUACUUUAUAUGCAAAUACAGAUUCUAGAUAUAUUUAUAUUUGCAAUUGUUCAUCGGAACACAUCGUUCAUACAUUUUACUUCAGUAUUGAAUUGUUAUUUUUUUCAAAUGUGUUCUAAGAUUCGUGUCAGUGAAGCGCCACACAGUCUGGUAAGAGAAUUGAUCUAUUUACGUUCCAAAAUUAAAACAAGCUGUGUGAUUUGCUGUCUCACGAACACUAUUACCCCAUGAAAACACGUGCUUUUACCUAUACUGCUACAAUGGCUUCCUUCCACCUUCACCUUAAGGAAAACAUAUAUUUGAGACAUGUAAACAAGGUCUAACCGAGCCAACACAUCCCGCCCAAGCCACGCUGACGCCCCGCUGCAGUGAGAACAAGGCCUUACUCGAACAUAUUUUGAUUAGUUUAGCUGAUUCCAUUAGUUUUAUGAUCUUAGGUUUUAUUAUGUCGAUAGA